AUGGCGGCGCUCAGGGCUUUACGAGAGCUCGGAGUAUUCGCCGUUUUCUUCAUGUUUUGUGCUUCGUCGAUUUCCGAGGAACUUCUACAGCUUCCGUUGAGAACGAAAACGUUCGAGGCUGCUUUCCAAGGUGAAUGCCAGUCUGAAGGAGGUCCUUGCCAACAGCUGUGUUACGACCUCCACGAUGGAACGUUUGAAUGCGGUUGCUCAGAUGGAUACGUUUUGUCAACGGACGGCUACAGCUGCCACCCCGAAACGAACUCGAGUUCAAACUCGACGUCGACAGAAGAAGCUACGACCGAGCCUCCAUCAGUGACGUCGGAAAACGUCGUAAUGAAUACCAUCGCCGCAACGACGACAGCGACCGCUGCUUCCACGACCGAAGAGACCACCGAUAGUGGACCUGGUGUUUCGGAGGAAGAAGACUAUGAUAGCGAAUACACGGCAUUCUGGAGCUGUGACCAACUCGAUUGUCGGAACGGUGGAGUUUGUGUCACGCAGAGCGAAGGAGGCGUCCGUUGCAAUUGUAAACUCGGCUUCGCGGGCCCCUACUGCAACGAAGAAAUGGAUGUGAAAUACCCCAGCUUUAGCGGAAACUCUCACAUCGUUCUGCCCACGUUACGGGACGCCCACAAGUCGAUGCAGAUCAGCUUGGAAUUCAAGCCCGAGACCCACAACGCAAUCCUUCUGUACAGCGGUGAACAAGCGAAUCUUCAAGGAGACUACAUCGCGAUUCUCCUUGUUGAGGGUUUCGUGGAGUUUCGCUUCGAUUGCGGAAUGGGCGAAGGCAUCCUGAGAAGCGACCAGCCCGUGGUUCUGGGCUCUUGGAACAAACUUUCCAUCUACCGCGACCGAUGGGACGCCUGGAUGCAGCUCAACAAUGACCACCAGGUCCAAGGCCGCAGCAAAGGUCUGUUUUCGAGGAUCACGUUCCGAGACAACCUUUACCUCGGCGGAUCGCCCAAUAUCUCGAUGGUGCAGACCAGACUCGACAUCGACAAAGGCUUUAUCGGCUGUGUUCGUAAACUCGAGAUCAACAGCCGAAACUUCGACUUCCGCUCUGGAGUGAAAGGCGACGCUCUUGACGGAGCCGACAUCGGUGAAUGUCGUGACGACGCUUGCAACAACGUUGUUUGUCAUAACGGGGGUCAGUGCGUCGACCAUGGGAAAUCUGCCAGCUGUCUGUGUCCUCUCGGAUACGAGGGCGAAUUCUGCGACCAAGAGGUGACAAUCUUAGUUCCCUCGUUCAACGGUUCGUCGUACAUGAGGUAUCCAGGUCUGGGCGAGCGGUUCCUGUCGUUUCUAGAGAUCACUGUCGUUCUCAAACCACGCUCCUUGAAUGGGGUGUUCUUCUACAAUGGAGAGACUUUAGAGGGCCAGGGAGAUUUCAUUAUGCUCCAGCUCAUCAAUGGGUUCGUCGAAUUUCGCUUCGACCUAGGCAACGGUGCUGCUAUUGUGAGAAGCGACCAGGUCGUCUCUAUCGACAAAUGGCACACGAUUUCGAUUUCACGAACCGGUCAGCUGGGCAUACUCCGAGUAGAUAAACACCCGUACAUAGUCGGCCUGGCACCAGGCGCUUUUACUCAACUUUCACUCGACCUGAACCUCUACAUCGGAGGUGUAGCGAAAUUCAAGGAAACGUCUCCGAACGCAGGGAUCACCCACAACUUCGACGGAUGUAUACAAAAGGUCACCAUCAAUAAUAAACCUCUGAAACUCUUGCAAGAAGCUCUAACGGGUCGAAACGUGAACAAUUGUGCCCAUCCGUGUGUCACGGGUCCGUGUUAUAAUGGCGGUCAAUGCGAGCCGACGAUGGACGAGUUCCAGUGUCAUUGCAAAUUGGGUUUCUCUGGACAGCAGUGCGAAGUCGAAGUCCAGGAAGCAAUCGCCCAGCCCAUGAUGGGCGGACAGAGCUAUCUCCAUUACACGUCGGAAGAAAUCAUCAAACGAGUUCGAGGCAGCAAGAUCGACAUCCAAAUGAAGUUCAGAUCGUUUUCGGGUCAUGGAUUGUUACUCUGGGCGGGCGAAGAGGACGUCACUCGCACGUCCGACUUCGUUUCGCUCGGGAUCAAUACGGGCCAAUUAGUGUUUCGUUUCAAUUUGGGCUCCGGAGAAGGCAAUCUCGUCUACAACUAUUCGAGAGUCGGUGAUGGUCACUGGCAUACCCUGAGGGCGAUUCGUUAUCGUCAGGAAGGUUCUCUGACAGUCGACGACGGCCCAACGAUUGUGGGCACGUCCUUUGGCCAACUCAACCAGCUCACAGUCAAUAGUGGGCUCUACCUGGGUGGCAUCAAGGAGAUCAGCCACAUGACGCUCGGCCGCUACCAAACGGGCCUCGUGGGCUGUAUCGGGAAUUUCACGCUCUCUACCGACUAUCAUGUCAGGCUCGUAACUCAUGCGAACAGCGGUAUCAACGUUCAGCCCUGUAUUUAG